AUGAUAGCUUCCGCUCUAAAGAUAAAUUCGACGAUCAAUCAAGACAUCUUUCUUUCAAACACGUUACAUAGAUGGAUCAUAGAUGCUCAAGGAAUAUUUCACGAUUACGAUUUUAUGAACAUGAGACUCACAAUCAAGACAUUAAAUCUUGAACUCGAAGAAGCAUGCGAGAUCUCCCAAUUAAGGAAGAUUACCUAG